AUGGGUUCCAAAGACGACGAAUAUGAUUACUUAUUCAAAGUUGUUUUAAUCGGUGAUUCCGGCGUUGGUAAGUCCAACCUCCUAUCUCGUUUUACGCGUAACGAGUUCAAUUUGGAAUCAAAAUCCACUAUUGGUGUAGAAUUUGCAACUAGAAGCAUCCAAGUUGAUGGAAAAACAAUCAAAGCACAAAUUUGGGAUACUGCUGGUCAAGAAAGAUACAGAGCCAUAACUAGCGCAUACUAUCGUGGUGCCGUUGGUGCAUUGUUAGUCUAUGACAUUGCAAAGCAUCUUACAUAUGAAAACAUUGAAAGAUGGCUAAAAGAAUUACGUGACCAUGCUGACGCUAACAUAGUAAUUAUGCUGGUGGGUAAUAAAUGUGAUCUACGACAUUUAAGGGCUGUGCCGACAGACGAAGCAAAGAAUUUUGCAGAAAAAAACACUUUGUCGUUUAUCGAAACAUCGGCUCUCGACUCUACCAAUGUUGAGACAGCAUUUCAAAAUAUUUUGACAGAGAUAUAUCAUAUUGUCUCACAAAAGCAAAUUAAAGAUGCACCCCAGAAUAGCGAAAUUUCAAGUCAACCGAUUGUCGUAGGGCCUACUGUAGACUCAGACGUAAAGAAAAAACCGCAAUGUUGCUAG